UAUUCUCUUUGUUCUCUCUCAGAAUCUCCAACAAAAUUCACAACCAUGAUGUCUAGGUAUUGUAGUCCCUUGCUUCGGAGGAUCUCCUUGCAGCAGCUGGUCCGAUCCCAAUUUUCUGUUCCCAGCCAAGCAGCUGCAAGCAAACUUACAUCAGACCAGGUCUUUGCGAGGGAGUCUCGGUAUGGAGCCCACAACUAUCACCCACUCCCUGUGGCACUUGCAAAGGCUAAAGGUGUGCAUGUGUGGGAUGUUGAAGGGAAGCGGUACUUGGACUUCCUGAGUGCAUACAGUGCAGUGAACCAAGGUCACAACCACCCCAAGAUAGUCCAGGCCAUGCAGGAUCAGUGUCAAGUCCUCUCCCUGACAUCCAGGGCAUUCUACAACGAUGUCCUGGGAGAGUAUGAAGAAUACAUCACCAAACUGUUUGGAUAUGACAAAGUACUUCCCAUGAAUACAGGUGUGGAAGGGGGCGAAACAGCCUGCAAGCUGGCCCGCAAGUGGGGAUACAAAGUGAAGGGUGUCCCCAAUAACCAGGCUCGUGUCGUCUUCGCAGAGGGUAACUUUUGGGGUCGAACAAUGGCUGCUGUCUCAAGCUCUACAGAUCCAGAUUGCUAUGAGGGCUUUGGACCCUACAUGCCUGGCUUCGACAUUGUUCCCUAUAGUGAUUUGGGAGCUUUAGAUAAAGCGACUCAGGAUCCAACUGUUGUAGCAUACAUGGUAGAACCAAUCCAAGGUGAAGCCGGAGUCAGGGUCCCAGAUGCAGGUUAUCUUCAAGGUGUCCGAGAUAUCUGCACAAAGAAUAAUGUUCUGUUCAUUGCUGAUGAAGUACAGACAGGGCUAGCCAGAACAGGGAAGCGUCUGUGUAUUGACCAUGACAAUGUUCGUCCAGACAUAGUCAUCCUUGGCAAAGCUCUAUCAGGAGGCAUGUAUCCUGUAUCUGCUAUUCUUGCUGAUGAUGAGGUUAUGUUGACCAUUAGACCAGGUGAACAUGGGUCUACAUAUGGAGGUAACCCGCUGGCAUGUAAGAUCGCUAUGGCUGCACUUGAGGUUCUUGAGGGGGAGAAACUGGCAGAAAAUGCAGAGCGUCUUGGGAAGAUUGUACGGUCUGAGCUGAGCCAACUAGAUGAUAACAUUGUGGCAGCAGUGAGAGGCAAGGGUCUGCUCAAUGCUGUUAUUAUCAAGGAAACACAACAAUAUGACGCAUGGCAGGUCUGUUUGCGUCUCCGUGACAAUGGUCUCCUGGCAAAGCCCACUCAUGGUGACAUCAUCAGACUGGCUCCACCCCUUACUCUGACUGAUGCUGAGCUCGAAGAAAGCCUUGGUAUCAUCAAGAAAACCAUCCUUUCUUUCCUGUAAAUGGCUUUUGGUAACUGUCAGGCUAGGUUUCACAAUACCUUAGUAAGUUAAAAUUUAAUUCCAUUGAAAUAUAUUCAUAGAGUUAAAUGGGAUGUCCAACCAUGUUUAUACAACUUACCAAGACUCGCAUUGAACAUAAUGUGGAGGUUUAAUUGGAUUAGAGCUUCACAAGACCUCAAGUGGUGACGGAAAAAAGCUUUAUCCCCUAGGAUGUUCAUCAAUAAAAAAUCAUUAUUCAUAAGAUUGUAAAAACAACUAUUUAAAUGCCUUUGAAUUGAUGCUAUCACCCUAAUAUCAAUUUUAUGAUAUAUUUCAUUGUUCUACAAGGUUAUACCAACAGAUCUGGUGUUAAAAUUGAUUAUAAAUGUUGAUUUUAGGAUUGAAGAAACUCCCAGGGUUUUGUCAUUGGAAGAAUUGUGGUGGUUCAUAUGCCAAGUGGUAUUUUGACCGGAAAAAAACCCUACAUUUUUUCUUGUACAUUUGAAAUGAAAUACCUCCCUGAUGUGAGGGAGCAAGCUUGUGUUAUAAUCCUAAUCAUGGGAAAACAAUCGGUGUGAAAGACUUUUGUAAAUUCUUUUCUAAAAAUCAACUAAUCGAAUUUCCAUGUGAAAAAGCCUUGUAUGACAAGGUAUGUUUUAUUCGCUGUUUUUUUUUUUUUUUUUUUUUGUGUGUGGAUCAGAAUCACGUGGAUUCUUGCUUGGGACAGUAAAAUGAAUCAGAGUACAUGUAUAAGGUUUAUCGCUAAUCAGAACUGCAAUGCAUCAUGGAACCGAAAAGGGGGCAAUCAAGCUAGCUCCGCGCUCGGACAGUCCGAAGUGCGCGUGCGCUGAGCUUGCUAACGGCCCCCUUUUCGAUCCCAUGAUGCAUUGCGGUUCUGAUUAGCGAUAAACCUUACAGUGGUCUAUACAUGAGGAAGGCCCUAGAAUGAUGGUAAUAUCUGUAUUUAAUUUUCAUUGACGUCUAUACUCUUGUUUAUGUUGUUGUUGUCUGUUGUGGGGUGUUUAUUAUUCAAGAAUCAGCUAUAGUAAUUUGAUAUAUACAACCUGGCUGGAAGCAAAAUGAAAUUUAAUCAUAUUGACCUGUAUUUUAUAGUCCAGUUUACUGAAGGCCAUGGUCUAAUCCUGUGCUGAAGAAGAAUUUGGAAGCCAAAAAUGUCAAAAUUUGGUUUACAGGGUAUGUUUCUCAUCUUUACUGUGCUCUCAUGCUCUAAUGGACAAACUGUUUUAGCCAUUUACCAGACAUUUGUGAAUAAUUCAACAGUGUCAUAUCAGCUAAUAAAUUUAACCGGUAAAAGAGAUUUGCGUCACAGUCAGCUAUCCAUAGUUAAACCACAUAUUUAGAUUAGAUGUCAUUUAAGUCAAACCCAAGUUCAAAACAUGGGUCAUGAACUUAAAGGCAUGAGAUCAGUAAAUAGAUUUUACAAGGCAUUCACAUUCCACACCUCAAUACUAGCAAUCAAAGGAAAAAUACGAUUUAUUUUUAAUAGUCAAAGUUACAUUGUGUAAUAAGACAAACAGGAGUUAACGUUGCUCUGUAGAACAGCAGUACAUAUUGAAGGGUCAAGUGAAGGCGUUAUUGUUUUUUUUUCAAAAGGAAAUCUUGACUUGAAAAAAAAUACACAGUUAUGAGAUAGCAUGACUCCUUGUGGCCCAUCUUGGAAAAGUCUUCUACCUCUCAUUCUCUUUCUCCCCUAUCGACGCUCUUUCUCCCCCUUUUUCUAUCUCUCUCUAUUUCUCUCGUCGUAUCAAAAGAGAGAGAGCAAAGCCUGUCAGCUGAUCUGAAUAUUGUCUAGCGCAUACUGUCACUGUGUAUAGCAAUGCAACUAUGUGGCAAUAUUUUUAAUGUGAAAUGUUUAUUAUCUAUUAUUCAUACAUUUAUCAUGUUUUUGUAUGAUAAUUAUCUUAAUGUCUUAUAUUAUAGUGUAAGGAUUCUACAUCUAUUUUUACAAUAUAUUUCUUUCACUAGUAUUCUUACGAUUAUUAUUGUCAAUGUUGUCUUAAGAGGCAUCUAUGGCUACGAGAGUAAUGACUCCUCUUUAAAAAAGAGGAGUCUUAACAAGAUAAGACUUGUUAGUGUGAUUUUCAAGCUAAUGUUAAACCCAAACUUGAAUCAUGCCUUAGAAAACAUUAAUGAAAUUGUCAAUGAUGUACAUAAAAUGAGUCUUUACGUGCUUUGGGAAAAUUGAUCUGAAUCAAUGUUUGCUGUUAAAUGCAAUAUCAAUCAUCAAUUACCCCUUGAUGCAUCAAACGAUUUCAUUCAUUUUCUGUGGAAUCAAUUUAUGUUUUAGUAGAAUUCAAAUUGAAUCCGAAGUAGACGAUUACAGUGUACAUCAUUGUAAAGGGGAUCCAGCCCAAGUGUAAGAAAGCUUUGAUUGAUCUGUUUUUACCUGAAAUAUAAAUUAUAUGUUUAUCGAAAGAGUACUGUGAGAUGAAUUAAUAAACGGUUUUGCGUAUGUACAUUUAGGUUGCAGUCCAUUAUUUUUUGUAUAGAUAUACAUGUAGAGAUGACUGGCUAUUUUUGUGCGCUUUUAUUUAUUUAAUGUUAUAUAUUUUUCUUUUUUAUAAUAAAACAUAAAUUGCUUUAUUCUAUUCAGGCAUCUCUCACAAAGCACAUCGUAGGCUAGCAUUUUACAAUUCAGUAGGCUGACUCUGUUUGGAAAUGUAGACAGAUACUUUUCAAAAUGUGUAUUCAUUAUUUGUAUUUAUUCUUGUUGCCAUUACAUCAAAACCCAAUUUUUAUUACAUUUUUGCACAGUAAGAUGGGUCACAUAGAGCGUAAAAAAAUUAUGGCAUUGAUAGAUUUCCAUAUACUUGAGAUUGAUUAGAUCAAUCAUAAUUCUUUGUAAGAUGGGGUCCAGGGCAGGGUUAUAGUUGGAUUAGCACAUGGGCUUCAUAUGAUCUCUGUAAGGCCUCAUAUGGCUUUGUGUUUGGCCCUUUUAACACACAUAUCGCAGCCUGCAGCCACCUACACUGAAUGUACAAUUCCAUCUAAAAUUGUAGACUAAUACAUUGUUCAAUAAUUGUAGCAAAUGUAAACGCGGUAAAGUCUUAAGUUCAACACAUUUUUUCUUCUUGGUUCUUACUUUUUUCACACUAACUAUUAAAAUUUGUAUUUAAAAAAUACAUACUCAUGUAUAUUAAUAAGAUAUUCAGUGUAUUCCACUCUAAUGAUAUUGCAUUGCAAUAUGAUUUGCAUGCAUCUGCUUAAUAAUAAAUAAUGUUGAUAAUAAAUUCAUAUUUUUGGCUUUUAA